AUGAAGGAAGAAGAAACAUCCCGGCUUGCGAGAGGUCUAUCAAAGGAAGACUUCAAGUCAAUCGAACCUCACCUCGCGUACCUGGAGAAAUAUCUCACGUUGCGAUCAUACAUCGAUGGUUAUACCCUCAGUCAAGCUGAUUCGACACUGUGGGUUGCCAUUCGGGGCAACAAGAUCGCGCACUCCUUAGUAAAGAGAGCGACUCUGGUGAAUUUGAGUCGUUGGUUUACAUUCGUUGAGCAGUCACAUCCAGAACUCCAGGAAGAGUUCGUCGCCAAGGACGACGCGGCAAAGGCGAAGAAGGCUGCUCAAAGCAGGGCUGGUGCUAGCUACAAUAUCGCUCUCCAAGAUGCUGAGAUGGGAAAAGUUGUCACCGGGUUCCCUCCCGAACCAUCUGGAUACCUUCACAUCGGCCACGCGAAGGCUGCUUUGCUAAACGAUUACUUCGCUCACGACCUAUACAAAGGUACUCUCUUAUUUCGAUUCGAUGAUACGAACUCCACCAAGGAGAAACAAGAAUUUCAAGAUUCAAUUACUGAGGAUCUCGAUGUUUUGGGCAUCAAACCGGACAAAACGAGCUAUACAAGCGACCACUUCCACACCCUAUACGAGUACUGUGCCCGAAUGAUCAAAGAAGGCAACGCCUACGCAGACGAUACCGACCAGAAGACCAUGAGAGACGAGAGAAUGACUGGCAAGGCGAGCGUACGGCGUAACAGAACCGUCGAGGAGAACAUGGCCAUUUUUGAAGGAAUGAUUGCCGGAACACAGCUACAGAAUUGCAUUCGCGCAAAGAUAUCUGUGGACAAUCCAAACAAGGCGAUGCGGGAUCCGGUCAUUUACCGCUGCAAUCAUACACCCCAUCACCGUACUGGUACUUUGUGGAAGGCAUAUCCAACCUACGAUUUUGCUUGCCCUCUCGUCGACUCCCUCGAAGGCGUGACCCAUGCCCUCAGAACUACCGAAUUUGCCGAUCGUAAUCCGCAGUAUCAGUGGUUUCUAGAAUGUUUCAACCUUCGCAAGGUGCAUAUAUGGGAUUUCGCUCGCUUGAAUUUCAAGCGAACGUUCUUGUCAAAGCGGAAGUUAACUAAGUUGGUAGAUGCUAGUAGAGUGUGGGGCUGGGACGACCCUCGUAUGCCAACGAUUCGUGGUGUCUUAAGAAGAGGGAUGACGAUCUCAGCACUACGAGAUUUUAUUCUCAAGCAAGGCCCUAGCCGAAACAUUACUCUUAUGGAUUGGACAAUCUUCUGGAACAUCAACAAGAAGGAGAUCGACCCAAUUGCUCCUCGACAUACUGCUGUUGACCAAAAGGAGACUGUCAGAGCUACGAUCAUUAAACAAGGUCCGGAGAAAGCAUAUACGGAAGAGAGGCCAAGACACAACAAGAACCCUGGUUUAGGAACGAAGAAAGUUGCCUAUAGCAGCCAUUUAAUUCUUGAUCAGGAGGACGCCAAGCUAUUCGAGCAGGACGAGGAGAUCACUCUCAUGGCCUGGGGUAACGCAAUCGUUCCGAAGAUCAAUCGCUCCUCACUGGACUUUCGUUCUCCGGUUGUCGACAUUGAGCUCGAACUUCAUCUCGAAGGUGACGUCAAGAAGACUGAGAAAAAGAUUACAUGGCUCUCGACUGAGGGACAAAGUCUUAUUCCAGUGGAGUUGGUCGAUUUCGAUUAUCUCCUCACAAAGGACAAGCUAGAAGAAGAUGAUAACUGGGAAGACUUCUUGACCAAGCAGACUGAGUUCAGGAGUGCAGCCUUUUGCGAUGCUAACUUGGCCGCUUGCAAGACGGGUGAUAUUAUCCAGCUGGAGCGGAAGGGCUAUUUCAGAGUUGAUGCGCCGUACAAGGAUGGCAAGGCGGCAGUGCUAUUCAACAUUCCUACUGGAAAGACUAGGUGA